UACAUUUGUAGCCCAAUAGGGUUUAACGUUCGAAGAUCAGGGAUUCAGGGUUCAGCUCCUCCAUUAACACACUUUCCGGUCUCUGCUUUUCUCUCUUUGAAAUUCUGUUCUGGGAACUCGCUUGUAGCACUAGAAGGGUCUGGGCCAGAAAUGUCCUCAAAGAGAGCUACGAUUCUCACAAACAACUUUCUCGUAGCACUAUCCAAGGUAUGUUCUUCACACAACUCAUCAUAUUCAAUCAAAACGCUCACUUUGCUGAGAAAUCUCAGCACUGCCGCUGAAAGAUCAGAUUUUCAAAACGCUAAUGGAUAUUACGUAGAUAAUUCUUUAGAAUAUCAGCAAAACCCUAGUGGGUAUUACAGUGAGAGCCAAAAUCCUAGAGCUUUUCACCAGAAAUCAACUGGUUCUAUUGGUGGAAGCUCAGUGGAGGUUCAGUGUGGCUCAAAUCCCGCUGGGACUUGUAGGGAAAACGCAACAAAUGAUUUUGUGGAGAACCCAGUUGGGCAAACUGGAAGUUUUAGUGGGUUUUCUGGGCAAAAUUAUGGUGAGUUUCGGCAAAAUUCAAACGAAUAUGAUCAGAAUUCUGGUGGGGCUUAUAGGCAAAGCUCUAGCAGUAGAUAUCAGAGCAGCCCAGUUGAAGAAGGGGGAAACUUUAGUGGGAAUAAUGGUCAAAAUAGUGGAAAGGCGCUGCAGAACCCAAGUGGGUUUUAUGCAAAUAAUUUGAGAGGGUUCGAGCAGAAUUCAAGUGGGUUUCAUCAGAAUAAUAGUGAAGUUUAUAGGGAAAGCACAAUAAAUGAAAUGCAGAGCAACCAAGUUCAGCAAAAUGGAAAUUUUAGUGGGCAUCAUGGGUAUAACAAUGGAGAGUUCUCGCAGAACUAUAAUGGAGUUAACGCGCAGAGUACAAUGAAUUUACAACAUAGUAUGAAUGGAUUCUAUGGGAGAAAUAGAAAUAUACAAAAUUCAUAUGGGUCUUACCAGGAGGGGCCUGGAGAAGUGAGGCAGAAUCCUUAUGGGUUUAAUUCCCAAGGCCUUUCAGAAUCUCAUGGAAGCCUAAUUGGGAACUACAUGCAAAAUUUUGGGCAAGCUCAGCAAACCCCGUAUGACCGUAACUUAGGGAAUGUUGGACUGAAGCAGCAAGUCCAAAGUGGGUGUCAGCAGAGCCCAAGUGAUGGACAAUAUCAUCAGAACCUACAAGUUGGACAAUAUCCGCCAAACUCUAAUGCUUUUCAUAAUAUGACAGGGAGUUCUCAAUCACCGAGUCAUCCAACACCUGAGGGGGAAUCGGCUGAGAUAUCUGACAGUCACCCAGAUGUUGGAACUCUUGAGGAGCUAGAUGUCUUUUGCAAAGAGGGGAAAGUGAAGGAAGCUGUGGAAGUUUUGGGGUUGUUAGAGAAGCAGUGUAUUCCUGUGAAUUUGCCCCGAUAUUUACAGUUAAUGAAGGCAUGUGGUGAGGCUCAAUCUAUACAGGAGGCAAAAUCUGUUCACGAACACAUCUUAAGAUCACAGUCCCCUCUCCAAGUGAGUACCUAUAAUGCAAUCAUAGAGAUGUAUUGGAAAUGUGGUUCUAUGGAUGAUGCGUUCACAGUGUUUGACACAAUGCCGAAGCGGAAUUUGACAUCUUGGGAUGCUAUGAUAACGUGGCUUGCUAAGAAUGGUCUUGGGGAGGACGCCAUUGAUCUGUUCACUAAGUUUAAGGAAACAGGACUGAAACCUGAUGGUCAAAUGUUUAUUGGGGUUUUCUCUGCUUGUGGUGUUUUGGGAGACAUUAAUGAAGGAAUGUUGCACUUUGAAUCGAUGAGCAAGGAUUAUAGCAUUGCCCCAUCCAUGAAUCACUAUGUUAGUGUGGUAGACAUGCUAGGUGGUACAGGGUAUCUGGAUGAAGCUUUUGAAUUCAUUGAAAAGAUGCCAUUGGAACCAAGUGUUGAUGUAUGGGAAACCUUGAUGAAUCUCUGCAGAGUUCAUGGGCACAUGGAGCUUGGUGAUCGUUGUGCUGAGCUUGUUGAGCAACUGGACCCCUCACGUUUGAAUGAGCAAUCGAAGGGCGGCCUUCUACCUGUGAAACCUUCAGACCUUGCAAAACAGAAAGAGAAAAAGAAACUAGCAAGUCAAAAUCUUUUAGAAGUUAGGAGCCGAGUCCAUGAAUAUCGGGCAGGAGAUAGAUCUCAUCCUGGCACUGAUAGGCUCUAUACGGAACUUAGGGCUUUGAGGGCACAGAUGAAAGAGACUGGUUAUAUACCAGAUACUAGAUUUGUGUUGCAUGACAUAGACCAGGAAUCCAAGGAGGACGCUCUUCUUGCUCAUAGUGAGAGACUUGCUAUUGCUGAUGGUCUUCUUAAUAGUCCUGCUAGAUCUCCUAUUAGGAUAAUCAAGAAUCUUCGUGUUUGUGGUGAUUGCCACACUGCUCUGAAGAUCAUCUCAAAGCUCGUUGGCAGAGAACUCAUUAUACGAGAUGCCAAGAGAUUCCACCAUUUCAAAGACGGGUUGUGCUCUUGCAGGGAUUAUUGGUGAACAGACUGAAAAUUGAGUUAUGCAGGUCUUACCUUGAGAUUUGAAGGAAAAGCCUUGGAGCUUACUCACAGGGAAACCAGUGAAGAAAAUUGCAUACAACAUGUCUAAAUCAGUUCUGGGAAGCAACAAAAUCUGUGUCCCUAGAUUGGAUGAUAUUUUGCUCUUUUCAGGGUGUUUUGUCCAUUGAUUUGACUGAGGCAAACAACAAGGAAAUGGUGUAGUCUCAGCCACUAAAGCAUUAUUCUUUCCAAAUACUCUUGAGAUAGCUGAUUGUUCUUCUCUGCCAUAUUAACUUCAAACAUCUCAAAAUUUAUAUCUUAUUAUUUCCCUUUAUGUUCA